AUGAAACGCCAAAAGUUCUACGCCUCAGCUCUUGUGGCGUCUUUUGCCUUAGUAGCUGGCUCGUCUUCUGGUCUGACCGACCACAGAACCUUUAGGGCGCGAGGGGGAAACCGGCUUCUGUCACACCGCCGUCAGAACCCGUAUGUCGGGCACCAUCACCAUUUCCUAGAACAUCCGCAUCAAAGUCGCUACUCACCUCCACCACAACCCCAACUUGAGUCUAGAGAUUCUCCUAAAUAUGUCCUUGUUGAGGAACGGAAAGGAAAUAGCUUCUUUGAUGGCUUUGAUUUCUUCACAUCCCCAGAUCCCACUCACGGGAUGGUGAAUUACCUUGACCAGAACGCUGCCCGCAAUGCUGGGCUCGUUUAUGUGCAACCUGAUGGCACCGUCGUUAUGAAGGUAGAUAAUUCCACUAAUCUUCCUUACGGUGCAUUGCGUAAUUCUGUACGAAUCUCGAGUAUCAGAAAGUACCAGGGAGGACUGUUCAUUUUUGACGUCCAAGCGGGCCCGUUUGGGUGUGGGGUUUGGCCUGCGUUCUGGACCGUGGGUCCAGAUUGGCCUUUAGGCGGAGAAAUUGACAUUUUUGAAGGUGUCCACUACGGUCCUACCAAUCAGAUGACCUUACAUACUGCCCCUGGUUGUUCCACUGACACUAAUUCAACGGUCCCAAAUGAUUUCCGCGUACCACCGUCUUCGGCAGGCAUGGGAACAUCGAACUGCGGCCCCUCUCCAAAUAACGGUGGAUGCUAUUUCAUUGAUAACAAUCCGACCUCAUACGGCACGAAGUUUAGGGACGCUGGUGGCGCAGUGAUGGCAAUGGAGUGGAGCAAUCGCGGAAUUAGAAUUUGGAACUUUCCUCGCAAUCACGUCCCUUUUGACCUCAAGGCUCAAAAGCCUGUACCUGCCCUCUGGUCGAGCGCGUACCUCAAAGCCGCAUGGACUUCAACGGCUUGUCCGCCUUCGAAGUACUUUAGACAGCAUUCAAUUGUUAUCGACACCACGCUCUGUGGCGAUUGGGCUGGGACUACGUACACGAGCGCAGGGUGUCCUGGGACCUGCACCCAACAAAUUAUGACAGCUGGUAACUUCGAUAACGCGGUAUGGAAAAUCAAUGCUGUUGCGGUAUACACUCAGAAGUAG